GCAGACGGUGCCUCAAGCUCGGAAGAUGUCAGCGAUUGCAGCACACCAAUCUCGGACGCAACCAGCGUCAAUGACCCGACCAGUCACCGUUCGACGGCGCACGGGAAUGCAGAGCAGGACUGGGACGUAGUGUCGGACUCAGACGGCGAACAACUCACUCCGCCCUCGUCGCCGGGUCCAUGUGAUACCUGGCAAGCACACCUUAUAGCAGCCACCGCCGGCCAUCACGAACGCCCUGAUCGGAGAACGGUCGAGCCGGAGCCCGAGAUCGAGAGCGAGACGGAGAGCAUGCAGGACCGCAUUGUCCGUGUCACAGAAGACGAACAGGACAUGAAGACCUUCUGGGCUAUCACGUUCUCCAGCAAGCGCCAUGACUUGUUGUUGGCCUACUACGGGGACGAGUUGGCGUCGCUAGAGCUGGCACCUUUUGAUACCUACGACCAGGAUGCCCGCGUUGACUACUUGCUCCUCCACGGCUACCUGAACAGGAGGAUCAGGCAGCUGAAACUGGACAAGAAGAGGAACGAGGAUGCUUCUCCGCUUUUGCCUUUUGCGCCCGCCCUGGUGGACCUGUGGGAACUUCGCCAGGCUGCCAGGAUUGACGAGUUGGAGCCGAAAUGGGUUGCCAGCGUAAUGCACGAAGCGACAGGCACAGUCAACAACACCACGUCACAGAUCUCGUCCGACAGGCUCAAUGUCAGCAAGGAAGCGGCGUACCGGGCACUCGAGAACAUUGGCCAACUUAUCACGUACCUCGCCGAAUUCGAGCAAUUUCUGGGCGGCUAUGUACCCCUUUAUGACUGGUGGGUGAAGGCCCCAUACGCAGCACUCAUCCAGGCUCUGCAGUCUUUGGUGCCCGUGAUUCAGACCAAAUUAGCGGGCAUGCGCCCCAACGAUGCGGAUGAGAUCGUCGGUGAGCCGAUUGGAAGGGAUGGCCUGCUCGUCGAGCUCGAAGCCGAGAUGAUUCCUUAUACCCCCGAGGAGCUCUUGACUAUUGCCGACGAGAAGUACGCAUGGUGCGAGAAGGAGAUGAAGGAAGCGUCCAACGAGCUCGGCUACGGGAAUGACUGGAAAGCUGCGCUGCGACACGUCCAGGGCAUAUACGUCGAGCCGGGGAAACAACCAACCAUGGUAAGGCAGCUCGUCGUCGAGGCCACCGAAUACGUGAAGCAGAACGACCUGGUCACCGUGCCCAAGACUGCGGAGAACUACUGGAGGAUGUUCAUGAUGACGCCCCAAGCCCAGAAAACCAACCCAUUCUUCCUCGGCGGGCCGUCCAUCUACGUGUCCUACCCGACGCCGACCAUGGCGCACGAGGACAAGCUGAUGAGCAUGCGUGGCAACGGGCCCCACCUGAGCCACGCGACGGCCUUCCACGAGAUGAUUCCGGGACACCACCUGCAGAUCUUCAUGGCGCAGCGGCACAAGCCGUACCGCGGGCUCUUCGACACGCCCUUCUACGUCGAGGGCUGGGCCAUGUACUGGGAGCUCGUGUUCUGGGAUCGUGGCGACUUCUUCGUCUCCGCAGAGGACAGGAUCGGCACGCUGUUCUGGCGGAUGCACCGGUGUGCCCGGAUCUUGUUCAGUCUGAGGUUCCACCUCGGCGAAUUGACGCCCCAGGAGUGCAUCGACCUGCUGGUGGACAUGGUCGGCCACGAGCGAGCGACCGCUGAAGGUGAGGUCCGGCGGUCUCUGAAUGGGGACUACAGCCCUCUGUACCAGGCUGGAUAUUUCCUCGGCGCCAUGCAGCUUUAUGCCCUUAGGCAGGAAGUGUUAGGCGCGAAGGCAAUGGGAGAAAAGGACUUCCAUGACCGUAUCCUCAGGUCGAAUCAGAUGCCGAUUGAGCUGCUCAGAGCGCUGUUGUUAAAGAAAGACCUCAGUCGUAACUACAAGAGUCAGUGGAGGUUCUACGACAAUGGCACUGGCAAAAGGGAAGAGGAAUUGCCUAUGAGACUCAUGGGGACGUGCCGAUAUUGAGCCAACAGACACAACACAGGCUACAUUACAUAGAUUAUACUGUCCGCAGAUUACAAUCUGUUUGUACGGACUUCAAUAUACAACAUUGCCUGAUCA